CUGGGGGCUGAUUUGAAUUUCCUCCUUUAUGCCACUUUCUUCUUAAGUAAAUACGCGUCUAUUCCUGUGCGGAAACUGUGAUCUUUUGUGAUACCGGCGACCAACUUCACCAGCUUUUCAACAGAGCCGACGCGAUCACACCUUGAAAAACCGCGCAGGAACAGCUGAGACAGGCUACGUCGGCGUAAAAGGGGAUCAGGCACGGGGACAAGCAAGAUGGGGAACUCGAUGUCAUGGCUGUCUGGCCUCCUCUUCUCAAAGAAAGAAAUCAGAAUCCUAAUCCUUGGUCUUGACAACGCCGGCAAAACAACCCUCCUCUACCGUCUCAAGAUCGGCGAAGUCGUAACAACAAUCCCCACAAUCGGCUUCAACGUCGAGUCAGUGACCUACAAGAAUCUAAACUUCAACGUGUGGGAUCUGGGCGGACAAACCUCGAUCCGGCCGUACUGGCGCUGCUACUACGCCAACACAGCCGCGGUCAUCUUCGUCAUCGACAGCACGGACAUCGAGCGACUAGGCACGGCAGCUGAGGAACUCGCCGCGAUGCUGAACGAGGACGAGCUCAAGGAUGCGGCGCUGCUCGUGUUUGCGAAUAAGCAGGACCAGCCGGGUGCGAAGGGCGCGGGGGAUAUCAGCGAGGCGCUGAAGCUGGGCGAGCUGAGGGACCGCAACUGGAGUAUUGUGGCGUGCAGUGCUGUGGAUGGGAGCGGUGUCAGCGAGGGCAUGGAUUGGUUGGUUCAGACUGUGCAGGCGGAGUCGUGAUGGGGGUUGGAGGGGCGAGGCGUUGGUGGG